AAGAGGCAUUAUGAAGACGUUCUGCUUAGUUUUCCUGCUGGUAGCCGCAGCGGCUGCCAGCGAGAAGAAGACGACAGACAAGGCCGAGCCCUUGGAGAAGAAGCUGGACAAACGGGGUCUCCUAAACCUCGGAUACGGGUACGGCAUCAGCGGCCUUGACAUCGGGUACAUCGGCUCUGGGUCCCUUGGAGGAGCAUACAAUGCCAUUGACGACGGCGCUGCCUACGCCGGCUACGGAGCCUUCAACCUUGGCGAACACCAUGACGUCACCAGAACAGUGACCCUCGUCAAAGGCGUCCCUGUACCCGUCACCGUCGAGAAACACGUCCCGUACCCAGUAGAACGCCCGGUGCCUUACCCAGUCAAGGUCCCCGUGCCGCAACCCUACGAGGUCGUCAAACACGUGCCAUACCCCGUGAAGGAGUACGUCAAAGUACCAGUCCACGUACCUGCCCCGUACCCCGUUGAAAAGAAGGUGCCUUACCCCGUACACGUGCCCGUCGACAGGCCCUACCCCGUCAAGGUGCUCGUGCCCCAGCCCUACCCAGUAGAGAAGCACGUUCCUUACCCCGUUAAGGUGCCAGUGCCCCAGCCCUACCCCGUGGAGAAACACGUGCCAUACCCCGUCGAAGUGAAAGUGCCCGUGCCCCAGCCCUACCCCGUGGUGAAACACGUCGGAGUCCCCGUCAAGGUCCCCGUAGACAGGCCUUACCCCGUCCAUGUGCCAGCUCCUUACCCAGUUGAGAAGCCGGUGCCUUACCCCGUCCACGUCGAGAAGCCCGUCGCCGUCCCCGUCCAAGUGCCCGUCGACAGGCCCUACGCCGUGCCAGUUGAGAAACCCGUGCCUGUGCCCGUGAAGGUGCCGGUGCCGGAGCCUUACCCAGUCUACAAGCACGUACCUUACCCAGUCGAGAGGCCCUACGCCGUGCCCGUCAAGGUACCCGUCGACAGGCCCGUCCCUAUCGCGGUCGAGAAGCCAGUGGCUUACGAAGUCGAAAGACCAGUUCCCGUCCCGGUUAAGGUUCCAGUCGUGGUCGGCUCCUACGGCCACGGUUACGGACAUGGUUACGGCCAUGGAUACAGCUCAGAGCUCAGCCUCGGAGGCAACUACUACAGCCAUUAG